AUGACUAUGGUAGAACUUUCAAAUAUUGAAAUGUUAGAAUUCCAAUUACCUGAAGUUCAAUUUCCUGAAGUUCAAUCUACUGAAGUUCAAUCUACAACACUAAUUAAAGGAAGUGUGUCAGCUAUAAGUCAGUUUAUUGGUGGUUUAGGCACUUGUUUUGUAGGAGUUUGUAGAUUAUUAGGAUGUGGUGCUGCUGGGGAAGAUGAAGGAGCUUGUGUGUUCAUAUUGCGGUCUCUUGGUGCUAUAGGCGCAGGUGCACUUAAAUUAUUACCACUAGUAAUAAUAGUAGUAGGAUCCACGAUGUUAUAUCUUUAUGUAACCGACAAAAAAGAUGAUGAAAAUUUGACUAAAUAG